AUGGAGUUCAUGUUGUGUUUCCGUCCCUCUGAAAUUGAGAUCUUUUCAGGAUUCAUGCCUCCUCCUAUGCCUCAUCCAACAAUGAUGGGUAUGGGUGGUAACCCUGCUUAUGCUGAGAGUGGCGAGCCUGAUAAAUAUAAUCUUCAGUUCAGUGAUCGAACAAUCCGUGCAGCUUUUGUACGCAAGGUCCCAUUUCUAUUCAUCUUACUUUGUUUCUAUUUCAUUUGUUUGCUCGGCGUUGUGGCGAUAAUGACUGCAAUUCCAUUCAUGAAUAACGAUACAAGGCUGUUCGUUUCAAGAAGUUUGGGAAUUGGGAUCUUCUUUGCUGUUUAUUUGGCUUUGAUGUGUUGCGAGUCGGUGAGACGUUCUUUCCCAGCAAACAUCAUUUUAACGGCAGUUUUCACAUUAGCUGUCGGCUACAUGACAAUGAUGAUUACCGCGCAUCACGACAUUGUCUCAGUGCUUCUCACACUUAUCAUCUGCUCGAUUUGCUGUGGAUCGAUCAUCAUCUUCUCAAUGCAAACGAAAUACGACCUGACAAACAUGAUGGGAAUAGUGUUCAUCCUGUCGAUGUGUUUGAUGGUAUUCGGUUUGGUGGCUAUCAUCUCGGCUAUUUUCUUUAAAGUCAAAUUCAUCUACAUGGUGUACGCUGCAUUGGCUUCGCUCCUUUUCAUGUUUUAUUUGGCUAUCGAUGUCCAGUUGUUAAUGGGUGGACGCAAGUACGAGAUCUCGCCUGAGGAUCACAUUUUCGCUGCUGUACAAAUCUUCCUGGACAUCGUCUACAUUUUCUGGAUGUUGCUGUCAUUGUUUGGGUCCAGCAAGUAA